AUUUGAAAGAAAUUUAGAAGAAUUAGAGAAAACGAGAUACAGAAAAAAGCCACCGGGAGGUUCUCGAUAUUUAACGGAUGAGAACAAUGUUUUUCUUUUCAAUGCAUGGUACUGAACUUUUCAAGAUUCUGUAACGCAGGGUUUCUUAACCUGUGUGCCACAAGGGGUCCAUGUAAUGAACGCCGGGAGUCCGUGGCGAGCCUACCGAACAUAAUGGAACAGCAACCGUCACACUAACUAUUCACAUGUAGGGAUAAUGUACAGUGGGAUGACCAGCAGGAAAAAAUCGCAAGAGAAAAGGUGAUGCAGAAUUCCGAAGUAAUAUUUUCUGAGGAAUGUUUAAAAGACUUGGAAGACAAUGCGGACAAACACUGGGAUGCGUUUUAUAAUAUUCAUCAGAACAGGUUCUUUAAAGACCGUCAUUGGCUCUUUACUGAAUUUCCUGAACUGGCUCCAGACAACACAUCAGCACCAGUGAGAGUAUAUCCAGACAACAAAAGUACACCUCCUGAAAAUGAGCUAAUAGUAACACAAAAUAAUACUAAACGCUACAUAUUUGAAAUAGGAUGUGGUGUUGGCAACACUAUAUUCCCCAUCCUACAGUAUAGUACAGAUCCAAACCUAUUUCUCUAUGGAUGUGACUUCUCAUCAAAAGCUAUUGAGAUCAUGAAACAGAAUGAGCUGUAUGACACAAAUAGGUGUAAUGUUUUUGUAUUAGAUGCAACAGCUACUGAAUGGAAUGUUCCAUUUGCUGAAAAUUCUGUAGAUAUCAUAGUAUUGAUAUUUGUGCUAUCUGCUAUUGAUCCUACCAAAAUGCCGGUAGUCAUCAACAACAUCUACAAACACCUAAAACCUGGAGGUCUGGUUGUAUUCCGUGACUAUGGGAAAUAUGAUUUGGCUCAACUGAGAUUCAAGAAGGGUCGCUGCAUUUCUGAUAACUUCUAUGCAAGAGGGGAUAACACUAUGGUUUACUUUUUUACUCAGGAAGAAAUCGCGACACUUUUUAAAGAUGCAGGUUUUAAUGAAGAACAGAAUUUAAUUGAUAGAAGAUUGCAAGUGAAUCGAGGAAAGAUGUUGACCAUGUAUAGAGUUUGGAUACAAGGGAAAUACAGAAAACCUUUAUAACAACUAUUUAUUAGA